GCAUUUUCCUAAAUUUUAUACAAAAUGUGUGUUAUUGAGCUCGUUAGAAAAUUUUGUCUGCACUUGUUUAAGAAAUCGUGUCGUUCUCAUAUUGGGAAACCGAACAUCGUGCCAUUUGUUGGCGGCCGGUUCUAAAAUUUCCAGCUCUGAUGAACGGAGUGGUGUGACCGUGUGAGUGAGCCAGAGUUGCCGACGAGACGAUUCGAUGACUCUGCAAAGAUUCCUGAAAACAUUAAAGACAGCUAAACGAACUUAUCCAUUCUCAGUCUAUAAGCUCCUUCUUGAUUCUUCCUCUACAAUCCAAACUCUUGAUUCACCGGAAAAGCCACUCUCCGACCUCAAUCUCUCCACCAUCCGCCGUAUUUUAUCCGACCCAAAUGUCAAAUCCUGGAAAUGCGUCUCUCUCUUCAAUUUCAUCCUCGAAAACCCAUCUCUUUUCUCAUUCCAACCUGAUCUCAGAACCCACUUGUCUUUAACUUCCCGUGUUUUAUCGGAGAGGAGAUUCUCAGAUGCGCAGAAACUGAUGAAACCUGUGGCUAUUGACGAUAUUCUCAGGUACCCUUUUAACGCAAUCGUCUCUGGCUUUGUCGAUGAAUGUGUAUGUGAGGAGAGAGUUGUUGCGAGGUUCUUUAAUUCGAUGCUUAUGGUUUAUUCAGAAAAUGGAAAAUUCGAUGAAGUUGUUGAGGUUUUUGAGUAUAUGAAGAACAAUGAGGUUAAGAUUGAUGAAAAGACUUGUACUUUACAUCUCUUGAAUCUCAAGAGAUGUGAUUUGAUGGAUUUAGCUAGAGAUUUCUUUGGUUUAAUGGUUGAAUCAGGGCUAGAUGUUGUAACUGUGUACUCUUUAACCGUUGUUGUUUCCGCGUUGUGUUGCAAUGGAGAGAUCAAGAGAGCAAGAGAAUUAGUUGAGGAGAUGGUGCUUGUUAAAGGGAUUAAGCCUAACAUUGUUACUUUUAAGUCGAUGAUUGAUUGUUGUGUCAAAAGAUGGGAUUUUGAAGAGUUGGAUUUGGUUCUUAAGUUAAUGGAGAAGGAAAGUGUGAUGCUUGAUCUUGAUACUUACAAGAUUUUGAUUGAUGGGUUUACUAGUUAUGGUAAGCUUGAAGAAGCUGAGAGGUUGGUUUUCAAAAUGCAUGAUGAGAAGAUAAGAGUGGAGACUUAUCUGUAUAAUUUGAUUAUGAAUGGGUACUUUCGAUUCGGACUUGUGGAGAAAGCGUUUCAACUACACAGUGAAAUGAGUUUGCGAGGUGUUGCUCCAAACAAGGAUACGUAUUGGGUGUUGAUGAAUGGACUCUGCAAAGCUGGAAAAGUGUGUGAAGCGAUGAGAUUGUUUCACGAGUUGCGAGUGAAUGAGUUUAAGAUUGAUGAAGAAAUGUUUAUUACAUUGACUGAAGGGUGUUACAGAGCAGGAAUGAUUGAUAAAUCUUUGGAAGUGGUUGCUGAGAUGAUUAGGGAAGGAUUCAUUCCGGAUGGUACAGUAGUUGAAAGAUUAGCUGAUGCAUUGUUUGAAGUAGACCGGAAAGUGGCACAUAUGAUGGUUACAUUGGUAGUUAAGAGUGGCAUCAACCCAAAAUCUUGUUCUGAAUUUGGUCCAAAAUGAUUAUCUGGUCAUAUAGAGGAACAAAAACUUAUGUUGUCCGAGAGGAUAGCAUAUACAGUGUAUUUGAGUUGGAGAAUGAAGUGGAAUAAUGAAGAUGAAAGGGAACGGUGAUGAACAAAAACAAGGUGGAGAAGGAAUGAUGAGGACGAACGAUGAACGUGAGUUUGAUUAGCAGGUCCAAGUUGCUGAGUCUUCCAUGAAAACUGAGAUAAGAUCCAAGGAGAUUGCUUGAAGAUUGAUUAGGUAGAUUUUGUUCCUAUUUUGGAUCGAGAGAAAGCAAAGUUUGCAAUGUCUUAUGUCUAGAAGCUUAAUGAUUAUGGCUAUGUCGAUUUUACGCUAUACCAACUUGUAUUUUGGAGAGUUUUGGAAAAAUCUUUCAUCAGUUGUAUAUAUGUAUGUUUUGAUUCCCCAAA